AACGUGUCAUCCCUCCUGCAAGGGACUGGUUGAAACCGACGGAAAGCUGCUGGAGGGUCUGUCACCGACCUGGGGGGAGACAUACACAGGUCAGCCGCCGCACAGUGAGCGUCUCACACACAACCAGCUCCAGACUUUAACCCCGGUAUGUCCACUUUCUGUGUGCUGAGGACUCGCUGCUUCCUCCGGCAGGUCUUCCCCGGCCUGCCCGCCGCCAUGCACAAACACUACAGCCUGGACGUCUCCUCUCCGCUGCUGCGCACCGAGAGCUACGUGAACGGCCGGUGGGUCCCCGCAGCCUCGGUGUUCCCGGUCCUGGACCCGGCCACGGGGAAGGAGAUAGCCCGGGUGUCAGACUGUGGCCCUGCUGAGGCCAAGCAGGCUGUGGACGCUGCCUACAAGGCGUUUCAUUCCUGGAAGCAGUACACAGCUAAGGAGAGGAGCGUCCUGCUGAGGAAGUGGUUCGACCUGGUGACGCUGCACAAAGAAGACCUUGCCAAGCUGAUCACAUUUGAGAGUGGUAAGCCCAUAAAGGAGUCUCUCGGGGAGAUCGCGUACUCCGCCUCCUUCCUGGAGUGGUUUUCUGAGGAGGCUCGGCGAGUUUACGGAGACAUCGUCCCGUCGCCCGCCAAAGACAGAAAGAUCCUCCUCCUCAAGCAGCCUGUGGGCGUGGCGUCCAUCAUCACACCGUGGAACUUCCCGAGCGCGAUGAUCACCAGGAAGGUCGGAGCUGCUCUGGCUGUCGGCUGCACGGUGGUGGUGAAACCCGCCGAGGACACACCGCUGUCAGCGCUCGCUCUGGCUGAGCUGGCGGAGCAGGCGGGGAUCCCGGCGGGCGUCUUUAACGUGGUCCCGUGUUCCAGAGAGAAGACCCCGUCAGUCGGGCAGGUUCUCUGCACCGACCCACUGGUUGCUAAAAUCUCUUUCACCGGCUCCACCGCCACUGGCAAGGUGCUGCUCAAAAUGGCUGCUGACACCGUGAAGAAGGCGUCCAUGGAGCUGGGAGGCCACGCCCCCUUCAUCGUGUUUGACAGUGCUGAUGUCGACCAGGCGGUGGCCGGAGCCAUGGGCUCCAAGUUCAGGAACUCUGGACAGACGUGCGUGUGCUCUAACCGCUUCCUGGUGCAGAGCGGUAUCCACGACCGCUUCAUGGAGAAGCUCGGUCAGACGAUGGACGCCGAGCUCCGUCUGGGACACGGCUCAGAGCCCGGCACCACGCAGGGGCCGCUCAUCAACCCCCGAGCUGCAGAGAAGGUUGCUCAUCAGAUAUCAGACGCAGUGUCCAAGGGGGCGAAGGUGUUGAAGGGCGGGAAGCGUCUGGAAGGUUCCUACAUGGAGCCGACCCUGCUGGCCGACGUUACCACAGACAUGCUGUGUACCAGAGAGGAGACGUUCGGCCCGCUGCUGCCCGUCAUCAGGUUUGACAAAGAGGAGGAGGCUCUGUCUAUCGCUAACGCUUGUAAUGUUGGGCUGGCAGGUUACCUGUACUCACAGGAUGUGAGUCAGAUGUGGCGCGUGGCCGAGGCGUUGGAGGUGGGGAUAGUGGGCGUCAACGAGGGUCUCCUGUCCACCCCGGAGGCCACGUUCGGCGGGGUCAAACAGUCCGGUUUGGGUCGCGAAGGCUCCAAGUACGGCAUCGACGAGUACCUGGAGGUGAAGUACAUGUGCUUCGGAGGACUGAAACCCUGAGAGAGGACCCAGCCCCACCGAUAUAACCACACUCCUAAACCCCCCUCCUAAACUCAUAAUCAUGCAGUAAUCAUUAGAGGAGCUCAGGCUGAAGUUGUUUUAAUUCUGUGGUCUCCUCAUUCAAUAUAAUAUAAUAAAACUGCUGACUUAGUUUGAGGCCAUGCAGGAAACAAGUAACAUUUAAAAAAAACCCAGCAAAAUAUGAAAUAUCGUGCCAUCUGCAUUUCUCUUCAGCUGCCAGGAGGGGGCAGUCUCUGGUGAGACAGGGUCCUCUUCAUUGCUCCUCUGCUGCCUUUUUGAUUAUCACAUGUUCAUAUGCAGAAUCAGGCAAUAAUGAUGUGUAUGAUGGCAUCAGUUUCACCCUUGUUCAAAUCUUUAAAGGUCGCAUAUUCUUUAAAAUUGGAGAUUUUCCCUUCAUGACAUCACAAAGGGCAGUAGCCCCUCCCCCAGGUGGGUGACACUCCCACAGCUAGGUGUUUGUUCUGCCCUCUGAGUCUGCCUUCUCACCGUAAACAAUAGGACAUGGAGCGAGAAAGCACCGAGUACACCCAAGCCCUUCCAGAGAGGGGGCGUGGUCAGACACAGCUCAUUUACAUAUUUAAAGGCACAGACACAGAAACAGCCUGUUCUGAGCAGGGCUGAAAUAGAGGGGUUUAUAGACAUGAUCAAAUACAGGAUCAGAGUGGAUUUAGAACAAGAAACUUCACACACAUGUUGAAGAGGAGCUCUGACACUUAUUUACACUGAAGAAGAAGAGGAGGAUAUGUCACCUUUAAGAUUAUGCAAUAUUAAACAUGAUCUCCACAUGUUAGAAAACAAAUUUUUAUGAUCAGUGUGUUAAUGAUACAUCGAGUGUUAAAGUGCCAUAACCCGAUAAAUCAACGAGAAACUCAAGUAUUCAGAUGAGAUGGGAACGUUGACUUUUCUCUUUGAAAGCAUUUUUCCUGAAACAAAGAAUAACAAACAUCAAAAAGAUGCAUUCCAUCAAUAAUUUAAUUCACAACGCCUGAAAUGAUUCACCAUUAAGGCCGAGUCCACUUGUAGGCGGGUAUUUUGUCUCGCACUGUUACGGCUGUCAUGAGCGACGACAUCCUUGGCAUGCAAUACAUUUUCUCCCCGUUCCUCUGCAACGACCGUUUCAUUUUUAAAGUUUUCCCACCAACUCCAAGUCCGGGUGUCGUCCAAAACCGCCAAUGUUGGGGGCGGGGUUUGUGUGGUGGGAGUGUUGUAUGAAGCAGCAGUGACCUCCGUCAUCCAAUCAGGCGUCUCUGCUCGUCAACAUCGUGGGAGAGUAACUGUGUGUGUAUGUGAGAGCGUGUAAAAAGUCCAGUUAGCAUCGUUGGCACCAGCGCUAGUUUGGUGACAUCUACCAUCACACUAAUCUCAUGUAAACUAAAGAGACGGAAACGUUCUCCAGGAGCUCAAACGUCUUUGUUUAAAAUGGAGAAAGCGCGUCAGAUCUGCACGCCGUAAAAAAGAAACUGAACUGAAGCACAAAACCUUUUUUUCUAGAUUUUUCUAAAAGUUUAGUUUGUGUUGAAGAUCCCGACGUCCUGUAUUCAUGUGGAAGUCGUUAUUUUUGUAUGAUUAAAACUGAGACAUGGACUAACAGGAAGUAAAAACAGUUUUAAGGCAUGAGAACAGAACCGUCAAUCUGUCCUGUGUUGAUCCCAACUGAGAGAGAUUACUUAAAAAAAACAUUAAUGUUGAAAAGCAUGCCUGAUGCAGGUCAUGCAUGUGAGCCGGCCCCCUCUGCGUCUCAGACUGAAGAGAAGUCGUCAUAGCUGUGAAUGAUUCCCAUGAUCCUCCAUGAUGAUGUUAGUGAACUGUACAGCUCUCUAAUGUAAAGUGAUCUUUGUCUUAAUUGUAACAUGAUGUUGUAGUUAGAGUUAAUUUAAAAAAGAAAAUAACUUUUGUAUUUCUGACAUCAGUUGUUGAUAGAACAUUAAAGAGCAAAUUGUAAUAAAA